AUGCUCAACCUCUCCGAUAUACUCACCAGAUUGGACAGCUCAUUUACAUCCCCAAUUCGUUCUGGGUCUCUUCCGUGGCCUAGUGUAAACGUACUAUGCUUCGCUCUCCUUGCUUGGAUUGCCACCGUUAGAGCUUUCCGAUGGAGACGAUACAACCAUAUUCAUCGCGUCUAUGGACCCAAGUACCAAGCAGGAACCCUGAAUGCAGAUGAUGCACAGGAGAUACUUUGGAUAUUAAGUCGAUACGAGAUGCCCUCGGUGAUGGAAUUAUCCACCGCUUUCGUCAUCUUCAAAACGGAUGCCAUUGUAAGCAGAGCUCAUCCUCUUCAGUCUUCACCACGUAGCAACAUCUCUCCAGCCAUCCAUAUCCAAACUCCUCGCCUCGACCGUUAA